AAACCUCGGGUUACAUACCUGGUCAAGGUUAAUACGAGGUACUCCCUAUAUAAAGGUCUCUUGAUACCAAGAGAGCUGUUUAGGAUAUAUUGGGAAUAAACUCCAGCACAUCUACUCGUAUAGAACUCAAGCUCUAUCCGCGAACACAAUAUGUCAGCUACUCUCACUGAAACGGCGCAACUGCCCACUCUAAGUGGUGCUGAUUCUGUCAAAAACCCCGAGCAGUAUGAUUUCAGCCACCUGAAGCCUUAUGUCCAUCCCCCAGAAACAAAGGAGGACCUGCCAUGGGCGGAACUAGUUACCCUUGAUCUCAAGGAGUUCGAUCGCCUUGGUGGCAAGGAGAGACUAGCCAAGCAGCUGGAGCACGCUGUGCAUCAUGUCGGGUUCUUCUACGUCAAGAACUUUGGUCUCCCACAGGAACAAGUCGAUCGCCAAUUCACACUGGCGCGCAACUUUUUCGCACUGCCUGUUGAGGAGAAGCUGAAAUAUCAAGUCGACUAUGCCAAUGCGGAUUAUAAUGGCUAUCGGCGCGCUGGUCUGAGAAACGUGGGAAAGGUCAAAGACAACACCGAAAUGUACAACUUCGCCAAGUUCACAAAGGACUUUGAGGGGAAGUACAAUCAUCCCGACCUGAUUAAAGCCCACCUGCCGGAGAUAGAGAUAUUCGCAAAGGCCCUGCACUCGAAUGUCAUUCUGCCUCUGCUGCGACUAUUCGCUAUCGUGCUACAGCUUCCAGAUGAGGAAUACCUCGUUAAGCAACAUACAUACGAGAAGAGAAGCGAGGAUCAUUUCCGUUAUAUGAUCUAUAACAAACGUACUCCGGAGGAGCAUGAGGCUAGCGGAUACGGACAGUCCGGCGGCCACACCGAUUUGGGCUCCCUGACGCUUCUAUUCCGCCAACCCGUUGCUGGAUUGCAGAUCCUGGGAGAAGAUGGGAAAUGGACAUACGUGUCAGCGCAGCCCGGAACUAUUACGGUUAAUCUGGCUGACACACUUUCGCAUUUGACUGGUGGCUAUCUGAAGAGCUCCAUUCAUCGUGUGGUGGCUCCUCCCAAGGACCAAUGGCAAUAUGAUCGGACAGGUUUGCUAUAUUUCGCGCGACCUCACAGUGAUACCGUCCUGUAUCCCAUCAAUGACUCGCCAGUCCUUCAGAAAGCGGGUGUGAAGCCACGUUUCGAUAAGCCAGUUACUAUGGCUGAGUGGGUUAAGGCGAAGCAGACUGUUCAGUUGAAUCCCGACAUCUAUGAAAAGAAGAAGAGAGAGGACGGUUCUGUCGAGCUGAUUGGUGGUUACAAUGAUCGCAGAUAUGAAUGAAGUAAAGCAAGAUAGCAAAUCCUGGCCAAAUUGAGAACUGAUAACACAGAAAAAGGUCCAGCUAGACAGAAUGCAAGAAAUGAAGCAGCAGUCUUUGUUGUUACCAUUGUUAUGUUGGGGUUCUCUCCUGAGGCUACUUAAUUAUUUGAAGAGCCGAACUUGGUGAUUCUCAGAUCAAGAGAUUUUGGGCCUCAUAUCCAAUAUAUUUAUUCGCCUUUUACUACCUUAAAAGAACUCUGUAGAUACCUAAGCUAUGAACUAUCAAAGUUGAG